GUGACCUCAAUUUUAAUGUUUAUGUUUGAAAUGGGAAAAUUAUAGUGUACACAGUUUAUUAUGUGUUGGUUUUAAUUUGUAAUUUAUACCCUCAUUUUCCGCGAGUCGUGCUAGAUCAAAGGAACCAUGUUCGAUUCAAUUAAAAGUUUUAUUAGCUACUGGUAUUUUAGGUAUCUUCUUGUUACAGAUUUAUUCAUGGUAGAGAAAUGGGAAAGAGCAGCAUUUCAUAUAAUGGUACUUUUUACCGUUUUGAUACUGUAUGUUUUUAAUACUACAAUAUUGUUGGAAGCUAUUAAGGCCUUUUCUGGCUGGAUAAAUCAAAAAGAUUUGUCAAGGUUCGAACACGAAAUUACCUUUUUGCCUAUUAGAAGAUAAUGGCUUUUUAAUAAAUAUAGUAGAGAAUCAAUUAGAACACUGAAUUGUAUUCAAAAAUAAGUACUUAAGCCACUAAUAAUUUCUCAAUAAUAGUACAAAUGCGUUG